AUGUACCGGAGACUUCCUGGUGACGGAACCAAGCUACAGCGGCAUGACUGGCAGGAUCAGGGGAAGGGCCACAGUCUGUACAAUGGUACGCUAAUGCAAUGGGGAAUACACACCGAGAAGCGGAACGGUUCAGGCGAGGACGAGGGGCAAGACUGGUGCCGCGGACGGGUGCGGGCUUAA